AUGUCGAAAAGGAAGAUAGCAACCUCAAUUGGAGCUACAAAUAUUAAACUUUAUGCAAUAAAAGAAAAUGCUAAAACUAAAGACCACACUAAUUCAUAUAGAAAAAAUGAAAAGUUAAAUAUACCACCUGAACAUAUUAUAAGUUUAAUAAAAAUCAUUUAUUGUCUUGCCAAAAAUAAUAUUCCAUUAAAUAAAUUUAAGCCAUUAGCUUAUCUUGGUCAUGCUAUCGAAGCUUCACAUUUGGUUUCUGAGGAUUAUCUAAUUAUAUAUGAAAAUAAUUCCUCAAUAGAAAUUAUAGUUGAUGAAAGUACAGAUAUUUCUACAGAAUCUCAUAUUAUUAUUUAUGUCAAAUAUCUUAUUAAUACAGCUGAAGAAAAACCCAUAAUCAUAGAGGACCGUAUACUGGCAGAUGUAGAAAUGAAAGAAGGAGCGGGGUAUAAAGAAGCCCUGCAGAAUAGCCUAAUAGUCAAGGAGGCAAAUACACACUCUGUAGCAAGUGUUAGCCCGAACCCCAAAGCAAAACUAGUGAACGAAAAGCUUCACGAAUCUAGUGGUAAACUAAAAGAGGAAAAUAGCUCAACUGAAGACAGCCCACAAGACAGUUACUGCGAAAUAAAACCCAAAG